AUGCCUGGAGAUGAAGCAAUAAGAAUUACCAGGAGGCCGGACACAGGAAAACUGGGAAACGACGCAGUAUCUGCGCAAGUCCCCAAUUACAACUCAACAAGAGCUGGAACGCAAAACGUUGACGUUGAUUCGGUUAAACGCCCAAACGAUUUAAAGGGAUACUUUUGGUCAGGUCUUGGUCAGUGGACACCACGAACCUAUGCUGCCCGUAAAAAGCGAUAUGCAGAUGCAGAGACCCGAGCUUUCUGGCUCAUCAUAAAUUUGCUUGAUUUUCUCGGGGGAACAGGUGAGGCUUUCAACAUGCGGCCGUUUCGCGGUACACCAGAACCGGAAAUUCCACUGGAUUAUGACGGAGUAGAUCGUACAGAUGAGGAAUCGGUUGAAAGCAACGAAAGAUUUCCGCAAGAUAGGCCACGUCUCACUGCUACAAUUCUACAUAGACCAGAUGAGGACCACGAAAAUGACGUGUGA